AUGGGAGCGUUCAGCCGCCAGAAGUUUUUCCAGGAGCUUGCUCACGGCUGCCUGCUGCCUACAGCUCAGCAGGGCCUGGAGCAAGUAUGGCAGCUGCUGGUUAUCUGCCUGCUGUGUCGGCUCCUCUGGAUGUUAGGCCUCCCCUCCUUCGUGAAACACCUGGGCACAGUGGCGGGAGGUUUCUACACUCUCUACCUUUUCUUUGAGCUUCACAUGAUCUGGGUGGUGCUUCUCAGCCUUCUCUGCUACCUCUUCCUCUUCCUGUGCCGCCACUCCACCAUCAGAGGCACCUUCCUCUCCAUCACUGUACUCAUCUACCUGCUGCUGGGAGAGCUGCACAUGAUGGACACCACCAACUGGCACAAGAUGAGAGGUUCACAGAUGGUGGUCGCCAUGAAAGCCAUCUCUCUGGCCUUCGACCUGGACAGAGGUGUCGUGACCAGCGUGCCCUCACCUAUUGAAUUCAUGGGCUAUAUUUACUUUGUGGGCACAGUCAUCUUUGGUCCCUGGAUCAGCUUCAACAGCUACAAAGACGCUUUGGAGGGACGUAAGCUGAGCUUUUCGUGGCUUUUAAAAGUCUCUGUUAGCUGGGUGAAGAGCCAGGUCUGCCUUGUUAUUUCCAACUGCGUUGCACCCUACCUCUUCCCUUAUUUCAUACCGGUCUAUGGAGACAAGCUUCUACGGGGCAAAAAGAGGAGGAAGAUCAGAGGUACAACAGCAAAGUGGUUGCUGGCGUAUGAGAACACAAUGUCUUUCCACUUCAGCAAUUAUUUUGUUGGUUAUUUGAGCGAGACUACGACGACUCUGGCAGGAUCAGGCUUCACAGAGGAGAAAGAAAACCUCAAAUGGGACUUGACUGUAUCCAAGCCACUGAAUAUCGAGUUUCCCCGAUCGAUGGUGGAGGUGGUAACGUCAUGGAAUCUGCCCAUGUCUCGCUUUCUGCACACCUAUGUUUUUAAGAGUGCUCUCAAAUUUGGGACGUUCUCUGCCAUCAUGGUGACGUAUACAGCCAGCGCCCUGCUGCAUGGUCUGAGUUUUCAUCUGGGUGCAGUGCUAAUAUCUCUCGGGUUCAUCACGUACAUUGAGCACGUGUUGCGGAAGAGGCUUGCAGACAUUUUUAAUGCCUGUAUACUGUCGAGGAAAUGUCAGCCAAACUGCACUCACCGGAACAAAAAGGAGAUUUGGGUGUAUUUGAUCAACAUAGCAUUCAGCGCAUUGGCAUUACUCCACCUGACGUACCUGGGCUCUGUGUUCAACUCCAGCGUGGACUACAUGGAGGAUGAUGAGGACGAUAUUACCCAUCAUACCAUUCAGAAGUGGUCAGAGCUGAGCUGGACGAGCCACUGGGUCACAUUUGGAUGCUGGAUUUUGUACCGUCUCAUUCUCUAAUGACAAGAAAAGCAGAGAAAGUGAAGCAAUAACAAGAGAUGUAAGGUCGGUUCUCCACUUCUGCACUGUGACUUUAUUCAGACCGAAGAGAUCCGAAUCAACCUGUAUACAACAAUAAACCAACGCGCAGUGUUCAGGUUGCGCCGCAUGUUGGCUGGGUAAUCUAUUAGUCUAACCUGCUGGGGACUUAGUUUUGAUAUCCAUAAAAUGAUAACCCGCUCGCCCCCCCCCCUUUUUCCCCCCGUCUCUCAUUCCUUUUUAUCGGAGCCGCAGUGGUCGAGCCCUCAUGUUGUGACAGCAGUUACCGAUGUCUCACUGUGAGUCGCAAUCAAUACCUAUCAGCAUGGUGCAGAUCGGCUGCUCCUUUCUGUGGACACAUGAUAGAGCCCAUUAUCUAGGUUUCAGCGUCGACUGCGGCAGAUGUCCUCCAGAUGUGCCGCGC